AUGGAUGAAAGGCGUAUCGCUCAAAUCGAAUCUUGGCUUGACGAAGAUUAUAGCAGUGAUGAUUUGGAAGAUGACGCAAGCUCAAACGAUGAAGAAGAUUUUCUGGAAGUGCAGGACCACCAAUCUGAAUCUGAGCAAGAAGAAGAAACUCCAAAUGAGGUACCUACCGUAACCGGUUCUGAACUAGGACAAGAUGAUUCCUCACAAGUUGGCUGCGAGAAGUAG